AAUAAAUAAAUAAUCGCUUAAAUCAAUCCAACAAAAGUUACCUCUUCAAGUUCUUUCCUUUAUUACACUCCCAAACUUCCCCAUUAUAAUUAUAUCACACCCACAAAUUUUCAUUCAACAAAAAGUUAUAAUUAUGUAUCAAGAAAAACAUGUUGAAACAAGAAAAUCUGACAAUAAUAAUAAUAAUAAUGGGGAAAACAGUGUGAAAAAAUCAUCAAGAUUUCCAUUAACAAUUUGGGAGAUGGUGGGUGCUUUUUGUGUUGUUUUGGGUUUUGGUGUUGGUUUGCUUGGAGUUUAUUUAACAUUGCCUGACUCUGAUUAUAGUUUUCUUAAGCUUCCAAGAACUCUUCAAGAUCUUCAUAUUUUAAGAGAUAAUCUCGAGAGUUAUACAAGUGACUACACUGUGCAAGUCCUGGUGGGGUAUUGCACUGUCUAUAUCUUUAUGCAAACUUUUAUGAUCCCUGGGACUGUUUUCAUGUCACUACUUGCGGGUUCCCUUUUUGGAGUCUUAAGAGGUGUAGCUCUCGUCGUCUUUGCUGCUACCGCCGGGGCAUCUUCUUGCUAUUUCCUAUCCAAUUUGAUAGGGCGACCGCUUAUCUUGUCUAUGUGGCCUGAUAAAUUGGGGUUCUUCCAAGACCAGGUGGCUCAAAGGCGAGAUGGGCUGUUAAACUACAUGCUUUUCUUGAGGUUGACCCCAACCUUGCCUAAUAUGUUCAUUAAUGUAGCUUCACCAAUAGUAAAUGUGCCGUAUCAUACAUUCUUACUGGCAACUUCUAUUGGGCUUAUUCCGGCUGCCUAUGUCACUGUCAAGGCAGGUAUAACUCUUGGAGAAUUACAAUCAAUUGGAGACCUAUACGACAUCCACUCUAUAGGAACCUUGUUUCUAAUCGGCCUUGCAUCCGUUACCCCUACAUUGAUAAACAAGAAGAAAGCAUCAUAGAAAUUUUGGGCAUGAUUGUAUCAUAAUAUUUCUGACCACAUCCCCUCACAAGUUAUAAAGUCUGUACAGAAUUACAAGGUUACUCUCAAUUUCGACCUCGGGUUUCAGCUAUUGAGAUUCGUUGGUCUGUGAUGUAGAUGUUGGGGAGGCGAAAAGGGGUCUGCACAAUCUUUUACUACUACUUGUUCUCUUCCAUUGAAGGGUAACAAGGUAAAACUGUUUAGAUGCAGUAUAAUCCAUGUCAAAAAAUAAAACAAAGACAGUGUGAAUGAUUCAUGAAAGAUUGAUUGCGUUAUUAUUUGAAGUGUAAUAUUGGCACUUCUGAUAGCUUCAUGUGUUUAAAGAUGUAAACUUUUCUUUCUUGAAUAAUAAAUGUGAAAUCUUAUGCCA